AAACAUGGACUUCUAAUGGAUAUCUCUCAGAUUGAGAACGUGUCGGGUUUGUCAAAGCUUCGUUUGCUGAAUCUGUCGGGGAACCGCAUCGCUCGAGUGGAGAAUCUGCGGGGCUUGCAGAGUCUGACCGAACUCAACCUGCGGCACAACAGCAUCUCGGACGUGACGGAUCUGCAGUAUCUUCCUCGUCUGCAGCGUCUGUUUCUCAGCGCUAACAGCAUCAGCAGUUUGGAUGCGCUGGCCUGUCUGUGGGACUGCCGCUCUCUGAGUGAGCUGAGCGUCGAUGGGAAUCCCGUGGCGCUGGAGUCAUGCUACAGACACACACUCCUCCGCUGCUGCUCGCCACACCUUCAGCUGCUCGACAUGAGGCGCGUCACGGAGGAGGAGAGACGCUCAGCGAGUGUUUCGGCACGAAAGGAGGAUGAGAAGAAAAAAGAGAGUCACAAACUGGCUGCGCACAAGGAAAGGCGUCGACUGGCGAUCCAGAACGCAGCGCAUCAGUGGGAGGGGCUUAAACAGAACGAGGCUCAGCAGUGGGAGGGGCUUAAAGCCUCGAGCCUCGAGAUUCCUGCGCAGAACGGCUCAAAGGAAGAUGUCAGUUCAGACAAUAGCCCCGCCCACAGCCCUGCGCAGACUAAUGGGAGCGCUCAGGAGACCUCCCCGGACGAGCCCAGGCGCUUGAGUCCGCUCACACUCUCAGCUGGAGGGUUACGAUCGGCCAGUCGCCCGAACAGCCCCAGAGACUCCAGGUUUCAGGACGUUCAGAGCCUGUCGAUGUCGGAGCGCCACCUGGCGGAGCUGGAGGGCGACACACUGCGCUUGUUCGGCCCCGGGGCCCUGGAGACGCUGGAGCGGUGCUGGGGGGUCCAGACGGCCUCGAGCGUCACCACCGUCUCCUUCAGAUACAUACACUUCGACUCCAUCAUCCCUACAUUCCUGCGCAUCCGCCUCAAAUUCCCAAACCUCACGCACCUGAUGUUCACGGAGACGAGCAUCUCUCAUCUUCCUCAGCUGGCGGCUCUGGCUCAGAUCCGGCGUCUCGAUCAGAUCACCGUCCGUCCGGAGGGCAAUCCUGUGGUGCGACUGACGCUCUGGAAAUCUUUCCUCAUCUACAGACUUCAGCAUCUCAACCUGCAGAAGAUCAACGGCACGGAGGUGACUAUGAAUGACAUCACGGCCUCCGAGUUGAUGUUCGGGGCUCUUGGUCACGUCGCUGCGACCGAAACGCCACGCUGCCGCAUGCUUCUGCUGCUGGAGGAGUCCAGGAAGCGUCAGCUGCAGUUCCUGCUGGACGGCCGCGGUCGGAGAACCGGUCAGAGUCCAGAGGAACUGAAGGACAACGGCAAACAUGCGGGAGACGGGUUGAGCCGAGCGCUCUUCAACUACCCCAGCCGAGUGUCCGACGGCCCUGAGGAGGAGGGUGAUGUUUCCCAGCGCUCAGCGAUGGUUCACCAGUAUCUGCGAGGUCUGGUCCACCGGGCCUCCAGUCACAGCGUGAAGGGAGAAACCCUACAGAAGAUCUGGCCGUCGCUGUUCGCCGAGCUCGUGAGAGACUGUGUGCUGGAGAUGAGGGACACACAGGCGUUCAGACAGACGUGUCUCCAGCGGAUCACACACAGCAAAUAACAGGCUUAUCGUUUGACCUUCGCGCGAUACACGUAGAGGUGCUCCGACUCGGUUUCGGUCACUCCCCUUUGAGCGCAGACAUGAAAAUUCAUUUUAGGAGAAGUUCACAUCAGAAUUUACAUUUCCUGAUAGUUUAUGGAGAAAAAUCCUGCAAUGUUUUUCUCAAAAACCUUGAUUUCUCUUCAGCCGAAGAAAGAAACACAUGAACAUCUUUGAUGAUGUGGGGAGAGAAAAUUAAAAUUAAAAUUUAAUUCUGAGGUGAACUACUCCUUUGAAAAACUUAAAACAAGGUUGGUCUCUUUUUAAAAGACACUCAGAUUACAGAAGUGAAAAAAAUUGUAGAAGUUUAAGUUUACUGUAACUUGUAUUUAUAAAAACAUUUUAACUGUAAAAUUAGUUGAAAAUCAAAGCCAUUUGUCUAGCCAAGUUGUUCCGAAUUUGUAUUUGUUAAUAAUUUGAUAUUAACUUCCAAAAGUUUUUUUAUGCGUUCUGCUGUCAUAAAUUAAUAUCAAUUCUAUUACAAAACAGAUGCCAAAUACAUGUGUUUUGGUCAAGUUUGAUUUUAAAACGGUGCAAACAUGACUCCGCCCACUAGGGGGAGGGGCCAGCUGGAAGGUUAAAGUAGAAACGCGAUUUCAAAACAGUUUUGAGUUUUUAAUCUUUCGAAUGAUAGUUUAGGGUGAUUUACUAAAAUACGUGAUGGGGAGAAAAACAUGUGAAGACUAAUUAAGAGUCUCGGGUCGUACCUGAAUGUAUACGUCACGUGAUCGCGUCAUCGCUGUGUUUGUGAGUGAGUGAAUCUCCUCUCCUUCUCCUGAGUCUCGGGAUGGUGCUCCUGGUGAACAGACUCGACGACACAGGUACAUUCCAGGUGUGUUACGAAACAACUAGGCCUAUAAACAUGUCACGGUUCCCUUCUUCAAACCUGAGCGUAGGAGAAGUCGUCAUUCCUCAUUAUCAGUCAAAGUGUUUGCGUCGAGUGUAUGCCUGUCGCUUCUCCAUGUUGAAUGUCCUUCACAAGCACUGAUUUAUGUUUUGUACUGGUUAUUAAAAAGAGAAAUGUGAAAACAUGUUGAUUGACCUGAA